UCUUAACAGCUCCCAGAGAGCUCAUCAUCAUGUCAGAUCAGUAUGUGUGGUUUGAAGGGGUACCCUUUCCUUCCAAAUAUUUGAAAUGUGAAAUAAUAAAAGAAGUACGUGACAAGUUUGUGCUGCAGGAUGAAGAUAUAUUUACAGUCGCUUACCCCAAAUCAGGAAUCAACUGGGUGAUUGAGAUUGUUUGCCUGAUUAACUCCAAGGGGGAUCCCAAGUGGAGCCAAUCUGUGCCUAUCUGGUAUCGCUCUCCUUGGAUAGAGACAAAAGAUGGGAAUGAAUUAAUAAAUGGAAAGGAGAGACCUAUGUUCAUCAGCUCCCACCUACCCUUCCAUCUAUUCCCAAAGUCUUUCUUCAGUUCAAAGGCCAAGGUGAUUUAUGUAAUCAGAAACCCCAGAGAUGUUCUUGUGUCUGGUUUUUAUUUCUGGAAUGCAUAUCUCCAUACUCAAAAAGCAGAGUCACUGGAACAGUAUUUGCACUGGUUCCUCCAAGGACUUGUGCCUUGGGGAUCAUGGUUUGAGCACGUUCGUGGCUGGAUGUCCCUGAGAGGAAGGGAAAAUUUCCUUGUUUUGUCUUAUGAAGAGCUGCAAAAGGACAUAAGAGGCAGUAUACAGAAAAUAUGUCAAUUUCUCGGGAAGAGUUUAGAUUUGAAAAGCCUGGAUUUAGUAGUCAAGUACAGCUCCUUCCAAAGCAUGAAAGAAAACAAGAUGUCCAAUUAUUCCCUGCUGCAUCAUACCUAUCUGGAUCCGAAUACCUUAAUUACCAGAAAAGGUGUCUCUGGGGACUGGAAGAAUCACUUCACCGUAGCCCAGGCUGAAGUCUUUGAUAAAGUGUACCAGGAGAAGAUGUUAGGUUGUCCACCGGGGCUCUUCCCAUGGGAAUAAUGUCCCCAAAUUUUGGAUAUUAAGUGGAUAGGGACAUUUAAUCUCCUUUAUUUGUACUUGUGCAUAAAUUGGCACAGAUUCCAUGGAGUCAAACCUAUCAUGUUAUGCCUGAGCUUUAAAUAAUCAAAUCUUUACAUCUUUGCUCACUUGCUUGUUUAAAAUAACCUGAGUACACCUCUGCAAUUAGAGGAAUCAUAUCUUUUAAAAACUGUUUGUAGUAACUCAAGUACAUACCGUGCUAUGGAGAUGAUGUUACUUGAAGUUUGUCAAUGAUUUCAAGUAAGACAUAAAAUUCUAGAAGCAAUUAA